UUGAGUCACGAACGAUAUGUCAGACUAUCUCCCAGACGAGGCGAUCAUCGAAAUCCUCACAAGAUUGCCGGUGAAGUCGCUGAUCAAAUUCAGGUGCGUUUCCAAGACAUGGCGCUCUCUAAUCUCCAGCCCCUUCCUCAUCGCCAACCACCUCAAUCUCGCUCUUUCCGAUCCCCAAUACCCACCCUACCUUCUUUUCCACUAUUCCGACGAUCUACACCAGAAACAGCGCUUCACCCUCCAUUCUCCGGAUGACCCAUUCCCUCAGAAUCAAUCUCGGGAGGAAGGGGAGGAGGAAGAUGAAAAGGGUUUCUUUGAUUAUCCGUCAGGUUUCAUAGAAUUACAUUCCCCGCUCGAGAGCACUAAGCUCAGCUUAGUUAAUUCAUGCGCCGGCCUUGUUUGUUUAGCCUGCGGUUUUCUGGAAUUAAAGAAUAGCUUCAUUUUCUGGAACCCCUCUAUUCGUAAAGCCAUAUCCGUUCCGGAGCCUAAUAUUGGAUUAAAAUCCGACCCGCUUCUCCAUUAUCUUGGCUUUGGGUAUGACUCCAAGAACGAUGAUUACAAAUUGGUGAGGCUUGUGUAUUCCCUAAGGUACGGGUGGUAUCUUCCACCCCUGGUUGAGAUUUAUACUCUUCGAACGGGCGAAUGGCGCUCUGUUACGGCCCCUGCUCCUCCCUACUUCAUCAGUCUUUCCUACUUAUCGAAUUUUUCCUUACCGGUUUUCUUGAAUGGGAAAGUCCACUGGUUCGCAGUCACUCCACAACACCAGGGUGCGAUUCGCCGCAAUGUGAUCGUGACGUUCGGUAUGGAGGAUGAGGCAUUUGGUGAAAUGGGUAUGCCUAAGAGUUUGGAAGGGGUGGAUAAUUUGGACUUUUUUGUUACAUUAGUUGAUGGGUUGCUUGCGGUUCUCCCUCGUGGCUGCGCCACCGAGUUUCACUCCUUGUGGGUGAUGAAAAAGUAUGGAGUACCGGAAUCUUGGACCAAGAUGUUUCAUAUUGAGACUGGGGAAGGAUUUGAGAGGGUGAUAGGCUUUACAAAGAAUGGUGAAGUUCUACUGACCAAGGAUGAAAAGAUGUUUUCUUACGAACCUAGUAGCCAACGAACCUUGGAUCUUCACAUCAGUGGCGAAAUAGUGUUCUUUGCUUUGGAUACUUACGUGGAGAGCUUUGUUCUACUAAAUGUAGCAGACGGAGAUCCGGGCAGACAGGGGAACUCGUCUGCUGGUAGUUAGCGCAUAAAGAAUAGCAAAUUGUAUUCCAAGAGUAAAACCAAUCUCAUGUUAUAUGUAAUAGAAGAAUCAACAGAAUCAAGAAGGCUUGCAAUCUCAUCAGUUACGAUCCAUUCAUGGCCUUGUUUCAUCAUACCACCUGGUUUGAUUUCUCGAAAAGCAAAAUAGCUAGCUCUAAAGAACACUGAGCAAUUCCGAAGACCCUGUUGCUCUUGCUCGGCAGCUUCUUGAGCUCUUCCUCAAUGGUGCUUUUGGGUCUAAUAGAGAAAGAGAGGGUAAAGUUGAGUGGUGUUCAAUCUCUGAGUUAACAGCUCGAAGUGAAUUAGAACGGAGGGUCAAUUUUUCUGGGAUUGAACUUGACAAUGGGUUCCUCCAGUCCUGACCAAUGAAAUCGAAUUAGCGCACCACUUACUUGACCAAAUCCUCUCUUUUUGGUCUAUUAGCAUAGUAGAAUCUGAUAUACUUGGGGGCUUGCAAUGCUGGUCAAAGUAUGUGUCAGGCUUUGAAAUUAGAACUUUCUGUUUGUUUCUGUAUUCAUCUAGCUGGUUUUUUUAUUUUUUAUUUAGCAUAUAUCCUGUCCAGAAGGUAUAUACUUUGGCAUAAGCAGGAGCAAGUGUUUUGAUAAUGUUAACCAAGGACUUGGCUCCUUAUCUCAUUAUAUAUUAUGGUGACACUCUGCACUCUAAAGGAAUGAGGGCCUUGGCGUUGAGGGUGUUCUCAAAGCCAGUAGUCAACAAGUUGCACAUUAUCGGAUGGUUAGGUCUUCUUAGAUAUUGAGUUAUGACAGUAAAACUUAUGUUUCGAUUCAUAUAUAUCUCUUUUAGAGAUAGUAGAAAUUUAUUUUCAUUAAAAGUGGACUUUGGUGUGUGUGACAUGUCUGGGAUCAAAGCUUGAUAUGAUGCCUUCAUUUGUUUGUUGGUUGAUUUAUGAGCCCUUGCAUUGAAGUUAAUAAAGCCUCAUAUGAUACUUCAGAGUGGUGAUGGUUGAGUUAGUGACAAGCAUCUCUAUUGAUUCAAAUUGUUACGAUGUGCCUUGAAUUCGCUGCUUGGUUGAUAAGUUCUUUACUGUACACCUAUUCACAAAUUCUGUAGGUCAAUUCAAUCAUUUUAGGGUUACAAGAGUAUUUUUUGGAAUUUCACAUUUUUCUGUAGAUAUAAAUUAAAAAUACCUGAAUCAAAAGUUUUAAGGUGUUCUUUUUGUCUAUUAUUUUUAUUUGCUUGCAUUAGUUUUUGUCUAUUUUGCACAAAUGAAUUGAGGGAAAAAGAUUUGGUGAAAUGUUUUUACACCACCUUGGAUGGAGUUGGCGAUCAGAUAAUUGACCCCAAACUCGAUAUGAAGUACAAGGAAAAAAUCUCUGUUUUGUGCUCUUGGAUUGCUUUUGUUGUUUCUGUUUUCUUUGUUGCUUUACUUUCUUGCAAUGUUUGAAAGAGUAGAAUGGGUACUACAAGGAAGAAUUCUCAAGGUUUUCAGUGUUGGCUUUCUUUGCACUUUCAAUGUGAAGGGUUAAAAAAAAAAGUAUCUAAUACUCUAAGUUGUUUGCUCUAAUGAGUACUUGAGUUUAUUCCUCCUUUAUGAGAUGUUUGUAACAUGCAACUGUGAUAAAAUACCACAAAUCAGAAAAUGUUUUUGGAUUAGCAAAAGCAGCGAUCCUGUUGCCGGUGAACUUUGAAAAGAUCCGAAGUCUAAUUCUCCCAUUUUAACAUAGCACAGUUGCAGACAACAUACGAUAUGGACCGCGAUCGAGAGGGAAGAAGGAAGCUAAGUGAUGAGGAGGUUUACAAGUUGCUAAGGCUUGCAGACCUUGAUCCCUCUUUUUUCAAUAAGAUUGGUGGUGAGCUAUCUGUGGGACAAGCUCAAAGGGUGUCUUAGACUUUUCUUGGUAGCACAUGGGGGUGAAAAUUAUGGAACUGAUAGCUCUGUUUCUGAAAAUAAUCUGCCAUUAAAUUCGUAUCUAUGGCCGGAAAUUUAGUUGGAGUUUGGGUCUUCUACGCUUGUAGCUGUUUUAGGGUUUAGGGAGAAGAUCACCAAGGCAAAUUUCAGCAACUGGGUCAGUAUUAUGUCAUCCAAAUUCUGCUUUAGGCGUUUGAGUCUGAGAGUUGAUUAGAGCUAUGGGGUUGUUAAGGUGGUGUUCAAUUGAAUCCACAGCGUUUGAAGGUAGAUCUUUCAGGGUCGGAUUCUUGAAAGAUGCAGGGGUAAUGUUUGAUCUAUUUUCUUGGGAAAGCUGAAAGUCGUUGGUUGUUAGCCACCGUAGAGGAGUUGCUAUGAGAGAUGGGAACACCGGUGUUUUGGAGACACGGGAGCUGGCUUCCCUGCUAUCCUCGCCCAAAGUUGCUCUAACAAGCAUGGGCAGUUCUUGGUCGCAGAGGAGCAUAGUGGAGGUAGACGGAGGGGUCAUGUCCUAGUGCCAGAAGGGAGAGAUGGUGAAGGGUGGAGAAUGUUCUUGUCAGAGCUACGCUUGGUAGUAAAGUUGUUCCAGUCGCUUUCUGCCGCCCGUUUGUCGCUAGGUGUGGGUAAGAGUUAGUUGCUGCCAACGCUGACAUCUCUGGUAGAGGGGGAAGACAUCGGUUGCAGAGGUGUUGAAAUCUGCAGUAGUCUCCUCUUUGUCAAAGGGCGUUUCUGGGAACUCCAAAAUGUCAGCCCCAAUCGGACAGACGGUGACAUGGCGACUGUCAUCUGCAGUUGCGUAUGGGAUGGGAGGAAAUCCCUGGAACUGCAUGCAAUUCGGCAAUUUGGAAUGAUUCUCUUACUUGAAAUCCCCUUUUAACAAAGAAAAUAAAUGGAUAAGGUUUGAGAACCUGUUCCAAUUUAAUUUGCAAUCUUGGAGAACAACAUUAGUUGAUUCAGUGAUGUAAAUUCCAUCAAUGUUUGGACCGUCUCCUGGAGCCAAGACUAGCACUCUGGAAACUCACACAGAAUCAGACCGGGUAGUAACAAAACUCCAUCAAUGUUCAAGCUAUAUAGUUAGAUGUUGUUGGAGGUAUGAAAGAUUUUGUGGCUGGAGAUGUGAAGAUUUGCAGAGGCCUCCUUCAUUUAGAAUAUAUGUUAUUUAUAUAUGCUCUGACAAAUUAGACUUUGUUUAAUGUUGGAGGAACUGGUGGUUUAUUUGUUAGGUUUACCUGAGGUUAGUUAACAUUGUAAUGGAUGAUUUAUCAGAAUUCGGUUAGAGUA